UGUAAUAUGUUUAACUUAAAUGGAAAAUGUCCUAAAGGGCUCAACCCUUUAGCCAAGAAAUUUAUUCUCCCAGCUAUGGUUGCAACCUCAGUUGCCUAUAUGCAAUAUUCGAGCAUGAUGGAUGCGAAAACCCAGAAGAAAGCCGCCUUAAAGAUGCUGGCAAAAAUACCAAUGGAAGUCAAAGAUCUGCACAGGUUCAAUAACUUUGAAAUUAAUGCUAUCACUCGGAGGAAUACUAUCAAAAAUAAACUUGUUGGUCGAAAAAUGGUCAAAAUAGAGCCUCAACCUAAAAUAGAGAGAAAUGACCUUUCCACUAUCGAAGAAGCAGAGAUUCCUUUAGCAAAGACAGUCUCACAAGGUGGCUAUUCUAAAGAAUACCUAAAACCCGAGGAAGAUUUUGGGAUGAGCUCUAUCUACUCAAAAUCAUCAGUAGAAACAGAGAGCUCAGUAUCCUGACUGUCAGCUUUUAAGAGUAUCCUCAAAUCGUCAGCUCUGAAAGAUGAACACAGGUCAAAAAGAGUGACUUUUGAUUUAUAACCUAGUAUUUAGUAUUUUUUUAAUAAACUUCCCGAACACUCUAUCUCCCCAAGUCCAGUCAUGAGUAUAGCUCCUAAGCUAUAGGUUCUAUAGGGCUUGGUCAGCGAAGCCAGGGGCUUUGGAAUGUAGGAAUUAAGAACCUUUGCUUGUUCACCAGAAAGAAUGAUUCCAGAACUGGCCUAGAACUCACCUAUAUUUUACUCGCCCAUUUCUAUUAGUGAACUGUCGGAUUGGGAGUAAUGGAUAUUAGUAU